AUGGUGAAGCAGAUCGAAAGCAAGGAAGAUUUUAUGGCAUGCCUGAACGGUGCUGGAGACAAACUCAUAGUGGUCGACUUCUCAGCCACAUGGUGUGGGCCUUGCAAAAUGAUUAAGCCUUUUUAUCAUUCCCUAUCUGAAAAGUUUAGCAACGUGGUGUUCCUCGAAGUUGAUGUGGAUGACUGUCAGGAUGUUGCUUCAGAGUGUGAAGUCAAAUGCAUGCCAACGUUUCAGUUUUAUAAAAAAGGACAAAAGGUGGGUGAAUUUUCUGGUGCUAACAAGGAAAAGCUUGAAGCCACCAUUAGUGAACUGAUUUAA